CCCGGUCUGGCCCUCACAUAGACAGUUCUGUGGCUAGCAAUUCUUGCCCUAUUCAGUUCUAUCAUAAUGGUACACGACUCUACAGGAUUCUCACUCGACCAGUACGAGGUUUCUCGUCAAAAUGGCUUUCUUCCGGAUGCACCUCCCUUACAAUCGUUAGAGGAUCCUUACUACUCGCCGUGGGAGGAUAUCAUCCGGAACUUGCCCAUGCGUAUCUCGACCCGCACGAUCAGACAAGCCGUGGACAGUCUUCCUCUUCUCUCCACCUCAAGGUUACAAAGAGAACCUGAAUGGAGGAGAGCCUAUGUCGUACUCGCUUAUCUCACUCACGCCUAUGUCUGGGGAGGGGACAAACCCAAGGACAUUUUACCCCCUACUGUGUCCGUGCCGUUUUUGGAGAUAUCAAACCACCUAGAGCUCCCUCCGUGCGCUACCUAUGCCGCCCUGAACCUGUGGAACUUCGCUGUGUCAUCCCCUAAUGUAGACCUUACCUGUGCUGAUAACCUGUCCGUGACGGCGUCGUUCACUGGAACAAAGGACGAAGAAUGGUUUUUCAUGGUAUCGGUCGCUAUCGAAGCCAGGGGUGCGCAGCUGAUCCAGUUAAUGUUCGACACAAGCCAUGCUGUCACGCUUGAUGAUACACCCGGGGUAGCCAUCUCCCUACACCAGCUGGGUGAUGGGUUGCACGAGCUAGGCCGGAUACUGGAGCGAAUGUAUGAGAAAUGCCGUCCCUCUUUCUUCUUUCAUGUAUUGCGUCCGUUUCUAGCAGGGAGCAAGAACAUGGUCUCAGCUGGCCUACCCAGUGGAUUGUUCUAUGACCUCGGCGAAGGAAAAGGAGAGUGGCGCCAAUACAGCGGCGGCAGCAACGCCCAAAGCUCUCUAAUUCAGACAUUCGACAUCUUUCUGGGCAUCGAGCACUCCGCUACAGGAAACAUAAACCCAGAACAUAAACCCCAGCCGUCAAAUAAAGGCGGAUACCUGCAGGACAUGCGGAACUAUAUGCCAGGACCUCACCGCCGCUUCCUCGAGAUGCUGGGUGGGAUAUCCAAUGUGCGUGCGUACGCCAUGAGUUGCAAGCCAGACUCCGCCGUGAGAGACGCAUACAACGCCGCCGUCAUGUCGUUAGGGUCCUUCCGCGAUAUCCACAUUCAAAUGGUUACUCGGUAUAUUAUCAUGGCGGCAAGGACUCCUCCGCCGGAACAAGUCAUGGCGGAUUUGAACCUGGCUACCGCAACAUCUUCGAAAAUGAAGAACUCGAAUGUGGAUGUUAAGGGGGGGUUGAAUGGCACUGGAGGCACAGACCUAAUACCUUUUCUGAAGCAAACUCGAGAUGCUACGAAGGCCACGGCUAAUUACGUUGAUUAAACGCUGUUUCGCGCGUGGAGUGGGGAUGAGUUGGCGUUCCUUUUCCCCCCUUUUGUGUAUAGAUAUCCUUAAACCUCUGUAUUAACAAGAAGCCAGUCAUUGUUUCAUGUAUCUAUACGGAGUACAUUAGAUUAGGUCUAAACCGAUUAUCUGUAGAUAUACUCCUAGGAGGAAAUAUUCCUGAAACUAGACUAACAAGCCUGAAUAUGUGUUUUGUUCAAUUUAAGAUGC